CAAUAGGUUUGUGCAACGAGAGGUUGGACACACCACAGUUUUAUAGUGCGAUAAACAGAUACGACGCGGGAGCAAUAGCCGACCGGAUCUUAGAAUUGCCGUAUAUUGGAUGACCCAGCCUCKWGGAGAAUGAAGUCUGUUGCAGCUACCAAGAAAAACCCUGCGAUUCCAAAGGCAACCCGUGCCGUCCUCCCUCCUCUAUCUACGACAACAACUACCGCAGCAUUGUCACAGGAUCCCACACGCCUGCUCGAUGCAUUCGACUCCUACGUUUCAACCCGCCGCAGCAGCGGGGCACAUCCCGAUCCGAUCGACUUUAUCAAUCAACAUUAUUCCAGCGAGUCCCUAUUGGUGGCGCAAUUGCCCGAAAUCCGCGAUGCCAUCAGCGAACGAAUGAACCGCCUCGACGAUCGCAUUUCGAAUGCGCUCCAGCGACAAUCAGAAUCGGCCGAAGCUACCCAAAGGCACGUGGAGGAAGCCAAGGUGAACGUGGCAUCGUUGGAAAAACGCAUUCGUCAGGUCCAAACAAAGGCUUCUCAAAGUGAAAAAACGGUGAGGGAAAUCACUAAGGACAUGAAGCGAUUAGACUGUGCUAAGCGUCACCUGCAAAGGACCAUUACUACUCUAAAACGUUUGCACAUGCUGAUUCAUGCUGUAGAAGGUUUGCGGCAGUCAUGCUUGCUGCAGCCUCAUCCGGAUUACAAAUCGGCUUCCCAUCUAGUAGAUGCAACAAGGUUGUUACUCAAGCAUUUCGAUGCAUACAAACACAAAGUUGAACCUCUGGGAUUGCUCAGCAAUAAGGUAGAUGAUUUGCAAGGAGAACUGAAGUUCCGGUUGGUUCGUGGAUUUCGCAUUGUUGGGUUUGGUGUGGAGAAGACACGAGAGUUCGAGAAAAAGAAAAGCAAACUAAAAUCCCUCGUAGAUCCGGAGGAUGAUCCAUUCUGGCAAGCGGAGAAGGAACAAGAAGACGACUCUUCUGAAGGAAACGAAACAACAGAGGAAUUCGAACUUCCGCCUACGAUGACACCUGAUGCAAUGUCUGGCGGAAUUUUAUUGAUCGAUGCGAUUGGAAAGGAAGCAAGGAUUGAAUUCAUGACGGGUGAGUUAUUAACAUUGAAAAUGAUAUUCGGACGAUCAAUUCUUCUGGUCUGCCAACUAAGCUCAAUUAUGUACUUGUCUUGCUUUUCAACUGACAGGUAUCGUUCAAGAUUACUUGGUCGAUUACAGCAAGAUUUAUAAACCAGUCAAGGAGCAACCCAAGGAAAAARCACGCGUUUCUAGCUUCAUGGCACAACCAGAAAACCCGGAAGAUGAUGUGAAACCAGAAUUUGCGCUUGAGUUUGUUGAGAAACGAUUUGUUUGGUUUCAAAAUAUGCUAACCGAAAUCCAGCAAAAAUUUCCCGGGGUAUUUCCCCCGUAUUGGAACUUGGAAUACCAUCUCACAAAAAAUUUCCUCAGAAGGGUAAGUCAAGUAGAGAUCGAUGGUGCAAAAAGUAAAACAAUUACCAAUUGUUCUCACCACCAAUACCAUAACACUUUUUGAAAUGAAUAGACGCAUGGCCAUUUGCUGGCGUUGUUUAAUGGACCUACGAAAGAUCCAGACGCGAACAAUGCUACAAUUCUGCUGAAAACAUUGCAAAAGACUAUUAUUUUUGAGAAGGACGUAUCCAGUGCGCUGCAACGAGAAUAUGGUGUUAAAUUUCGUGAUCCGAAGAGCAAGGAUGYGAAAGAUAACGCAGUGAACGCUGGUCUGACUUCCAAAGGUGUUUCGUCCAUGAAUCAGAAGACCCCUACUAAAAACAGAGACGAACAAUCAAGUGCGAAUGACGGUGACGGAAGGGCUCCAACACUCCAAGAAGAAGUCGACCCAUUGCUKGGAGUUGCAUCUGGUGCGUUUGAUAAAUACAUGCGACCCUACAUUGCCUUGGAAGAGAAGAGCAUGGACGAACAGCUUGUUUCUGCCUUGGAAGACAGAACAGUCGAUACACGAGGAAACCAACCUGUCUAUACGAGCUCCACAAAAUUAUUCGUCUAUAUCAAAGGCAGUAUUACACGGUGCACCGCUCUCACCAAGGGUAAUACGUUCUAUCUUUUGCAUAGAGCCUUCCAGGAUUCUCUUCGCAAAUACACUGUGGUACUCUCGAGAAAACUCCCCCCACCGCUAGCAGAAAAGAGUGUGGGUCCAUUGAAUAUGCCACCUGUACCGUUUGCCAGCAAACAAAUUCAAGAACCAACGCCAGCGCAGGUAGCUUCGUAUCGAGUACCGCCGGGAGAAGAAGUGACUGUUUGCCAUGUGAUCGGAACAUGUGAAUACUGCGCUGAAACAGUCGAAGCUCUUGAAGAUUUGAUUCGAGACACGGUAGACGAUGAGUUCAAGUCAAAAAUUGAUAUGAUGGGAACUCAAGAAGGUARGUUUCGUCUCUGUCUAUUUAAUAGUAUUUUUCCUAAUUUCGUUGUUACUAAACGCACRUUUUUGCUUUUACAGCCUUCCAUGAAAUCACUGCGAAGUGCAUUCGAAUUUUGGUUAGUGGAAUGGAGAAUCGAUUGGAGGAACCUUUGAAAACAAUGAGUUCGACAAAUUGGGCAACGUUUGCGGAAGUUGGCGAAGAGUCUGAUUAUGUUCGAGAUAUACACAAAGAAAUACAACCAUUYGUAUCCACUGCUCGAGGUUUGAUACCAAAGUCUUACUUUCAAAACUUUUGUGACAAAUUUGCGCUCGGAUUCACCUCUACAUACUAYGACAAUUUAGUUCGUUUGAAGGCAGUAAGCGAGCCGGGUUCUCAACAGUUACUGUUGGAUGUCUACAAUCUCAAAACUUUGAUUCUUAAACUUCCUGUUCUUGAGAAGUCGCCAGUUUCUACCUCAACAACACGGAAAGUUACUGGUUCCACGAUUGCACCAGCAAUGUACACAAAAAUGGUUCAAAAGCAAUUCAAGAAGAUCGAGCUCUUGCUUAAAAUGACAGCAACUCCUGUAAAUCUUCUUGUUGAUGUGUUCAAGGACCAAUGGCCAGGUGGAACAGUCAAUGAUUUUCAGCAGGUCAUGUCACUAAAAGGAAUUCAACGAACACAUCAAGUCAAAAUGUUUGAAAAAUUUGGUUUGGAUCCUGCACAAGCAAGGAAGGGUGCUGUUGCGAGUGUCACUUCUGCAAAAAUUGUGUCAGAACGAUUUCAAGCUGUGCAAGAUCAAGCCUCUAGAGUUGACAUGAGUCAAAUGAAGCAACGAGUCAGCGAUUUUAGAAAUGCUUUCCGUUAAGGUCGGGUUAGAAAUCAGUCCUUUCCAGUACUAGCCGAAUUUCAUAUUUGAUUUUGAUUCAAAGCAAUCUAACUUUAUAGAUUACUAGAC